AUGGAAUAUUUGACUAGGAGUUUGCAACAAGCUGCUCUUAAUUCACCCUUUCGGUAUUAUCCAAUGUGUAAAGGUCUCAAACUCAUUAAUCUUUGUUUUGCGGAUGAUUUAUUGUUAUUUUGUGAAGGAUCUCUUGCUGCUAUUAGAGUUGUCAAAGGGGUGCUUGAUAGCUUUGCUACAGCCACCGGUCUUUCUAUAAAUUCAGAUAAAUUGCUGGUUUAUUUUGGUGGAGUUUCUAGCACAGAAAGAUCUAGAAUUGCUCAUGAGUUAAAUCUGACAGAAGGAUUAUUUCCCCUUACUUAUCUUGGGGUCCCUAUGAGGCCUACAAAAUGGAAGCAUGAAGACUGUGAGGUUAUUCUUCAGAAAUUUCGCUUGAAAAUUCAGAAUUGGGCGAGUAGACACUUGUCUUUUGCUAGCCGGAUUCAACUCAUAAAUUUAGUGUUACUUGGGCUUCGAAACUAUUGGAUGUCUAUCUUUGUUUUGCCUCAAAGCAUAGUUAAGGAAAUUGAGAGGAUAUGUAGGGGCUUCCUGUGGGGUUCAGCUGGUCAGAGAAGUAAAUUACACAUUCCCUCUUGGCAGAAGGUUUGUCUUCCUAAAGCCUAUGGAGGUUCGGGUUUCAGAGAUGGAGCUACUUGGAACCGGGCUGUGUUAGCCAAAUAUGUUUGGGCCUUAUCUACGAAACCUGAUCUGCUUUGGGUAAAAUGGAUCCAUUCCAUUUAUCUGAAAGGUGCUGACUUUUGGAACUAUGUAUUAAUAGCAGGUUGUAGUUGGUAUUGGCGAAAGCUAUGUCAUCUCCGGGAUCAUUUUAGGCCUGCUGAUAUGAUUUCUGCUGGUGUGCAAGGGAGAUUUAAAUCCACAAGAUUGUACAACAGUCUUUUGGUUCAGCAAAGGGAUGAGUUCUACAGAACUAUUUGGAGCAGAAUCAUUCUUCCAAAUCACAGAUUUAUGCUCUGGCAAGUUGUAAAUUCUCAUCUGUUAACUAGGGAUAACCUCAGUAGGAUGCAAGUUCAGCUAGCCUCUGAGUUAUGCAAUGUCUGUGACAGAAUGCAGGAAAGCCACUCCCAUAUAUUCUUUGAAUGUAUCUUCUCUACUCAGCUGGUUAAAUGUAUAUUUGAUAGGUUGGGGUUUGAUGCUUGGCCUCUAGACUAUCACAACUGGUUGGUGUGGUUGGCAAGGGCCCGAAAAAGAGUUACAGCUGAAAUAGUUAAUUUAGUCUGUGCUGCUGUCAUCUAUAGCAUUUGGAUAAAUAGGAAUCAAUGUUUUUAUGAAGGCUAUUCUUCCACAGUUUUGAAGCUAACUCAGGAUAUUAAGUAUACUACUAAAUAUAGGCUAAAUAUAGUGUCUAAAAGACUUGUUUCAGUUAAGGAUCAACUGUACAUUCGGCAUUUACAAUGUAGAUAA